AUUUUUUUUUUUAACUUUCAGGAAACAAGUUGGAAGAGGUGCCUUUAGCAAGUGACCGUGACUUGUACAUCGUAAAAACCUGACUUGUGGGGAAACAUGGUAACAGGAGCGUAUGGUGCAUCAAAGGCUGGAGGUUCAUUCGAUCUUACGCAGUUUAUUAUUCAGCCACAGACCAUCACGAGGAUUGUAAGCUGGGUUUUUGCUAUAAUUGUGUUUUCUUGCAUCACAGCCGAAGGCUAUCUUAAUACGUCAGGCCAAACAGAAAGAACAUGCAUAUUCAAUGGAAGUGACAAUGCUUGUAAUUAUGCUAUAUGGAUUGGAGUCCUUGCCUUCUUAGCAGGAACAGCUUUCUUUGUGGGUGACAUUUUCUUUCCUCAGAUGAGCAAUGUCAACCAAAGGAAAUACUUUGUGAUUGCUGACCUGGUCUUUUCAGGUUUCUGGACAUUUCUCUGGUUUGUAGGAUUCUGUUUUCUAACAAAUCAGUGGGUAAAUAUGACGGGUAGUCCACCAAUUGGAGCAGAUAGUGCAAGAGCUGCAAUAGCAUUCAGCUUCUUCUCAAUUUUCAGCUGGGGUCUUCUUGCAUGUUUUGCUCUCAGGAGGUACCGAAUGGGUGUGCAAGAUUUCAUGGAAAACUACACCGACCCAGCUCAACAAACAACUGGCCCUUAUUCUCCAUACCCUGCUGCUGCGUCAGACGGCUACCAACAACCACCAUUUUCAUCAAACACGCAGUCAGUGAGUGAAGGGUACCAGCCUCCAGUUUUUUAAGGCUGUGCGUGCUCAAAUUACUUUGAAGGUGGGAGGAGAAGAGACGGAGAAAUUCAUUGGUUAGAUUUCAGCGUGGCAGAUUCAUAAAAUAAGUGCCUUAGUCCUUGUGACCCCUACUCUGAUUGGAAGAAGUUUAUUUAAAUAGUAUUUAGAAUGGAAUGUAUGUUUGAAUUGAAACCUUGGAGCAAUAACUCUUCCAAAGAAUAUCUUCUUGGCUUUGUGCAUUCUUUCAUUUGCAAUAUAGCCUUAUUCUUUGUACAAGCCUUGCUAUGAUUUGAGAUGUGCAAAGUAAAAUUACAAAAUGUACAUUUUCUGUAUUGCAGUUUUUAAAACGAGUUUCUACUGAAGUGACUAGUGCAAAUAGAAUGUCAUAUUAAAGGCAAGUGUAUACCCUUACUCAUGUCUGUCUCAAUUUAAAAUAAGUCCCCUGUCUGGUGAGGUGUCUAUUCUGGUGGUCGGAGUCUAGUAGCUAAGUAGUUUUUGCAUUUAUGUUCCCCUAAAUGUUCAGUUAACAGUUUGCCUCCUUUUGUAUUUUCCUCACUAAAGCCUAUUAAAACAUAUAAGAACAAAAUUCAAUGUCAUUAUCAACAUUUGAAGUGUGUCACAUUUUUAAAUCAAAAUUAGAUUUCCAAGCUGUUUUGUUUUGUUUUUUUCUUAUUCUAGUGAAUUUCUUAAUAUUCUUAUUUAAUUGACAAGAAAUGUGUAGUCAUGUAAAACUGUACUGUAAUUAGUAUAAUUUUAUUAAUGACCAUCAAAGCAGACAAAAAUAUAUGGGUACAAAAUGGUAAGAAAAUGUAAGCUUGCAAUAAAACAUCUCACAGUUGUCCAUUCAGAAAAUAAUGGGCAGGAUGAUAUAAAUCACUAGUACAACCUUUUAAUUUUGUUUUAAUAAAAAAAAAAAUAUUUUUUUUUGGCCUUUCUAUAUUAUAGACCCAGUCUUGGAAGCCAAAAAAAAAACCAGUAUUUGAUACGCAGUAUGAUAAUCUUGCAUCUCGGGUCAGGGCUCACAGCACUCUGUUCUUGCCAAAAAAAUACUUUGUGUUUCUGGAAUGUGGGGAUUUGAAUAUGCAGCAUUAAAAAGUGAUUUAUCUGUGUUAUAAUGGGUUACGUAUUGGGAAUGUUUUAUGCAGUUUUUGCCACUGAAAAUGCUCUGCUAUUACCUCUUUGUUUUCUUAUAGUUGAAGACUUAUUUUAAGUGUCAAUGACAAAAACACAUCUAUGAAAAAAUUAAACUGCACUUUUCACUGAUUGAUUGCAUACCGUGUUUUGUGUGUAUUAGGGAUAAGUUAGUUUUAUUCAACACUUCACGUGGUUUCUUGCAUUUUUACCAUUGAUUUAUAAAAAGCUUUUUUGAAAAUGUAUUUAAGACUGAUAUAAACUGAAGGCCAACUAUUUCAACUAGCCUUUUAUGAAUUAUUGCUUUGGUUCAAUUGUGGUUAAACUAUUAAAGUUGCUUCUGCUCACAACA